AUGGAGGACAGUGAGAUAGUGGAGGAAGACAGUGAAGAUGACCCCAAAAAGAAGAAAGGGAAAGACAAAAAGGGCGGGAAGAAGCAACUCAAAGGUGCCUCGAAGCUGGUGAUGGGCUUGGCCACCGACGAUGCCAAGAAGAAGAAAGGGGCCAAGAAGGAACAUGCCAAAGCCCAGCUGAAAGGCGCCACCAAAGCUAUGGCCAUCACCAAGAAGGAGCCACCGCCCAAAAAGAAACGGAGCUUGAAGAGUACAUCCAAGCUCUUCAUGGGCUUCAAGGGGCUGCUCAAGCGGCCGAAGAAGAGCAAGUUCAAAAACACCUCCCGCUUCUUCUGGGGGCUGAACAAAUUCAGCACCAAGAAGAAGCAAAAGCAGAAGAAGAACAAGGCGGUCCUCAAGUCCACCUCCAAGCUCAUGAUGCGCUUCAAAGGGAUGGGGAAGGGCAAGAGCAAGAAGAAAGAAGAGCCUAAGGCUGAAGGGGCCAAGAAGCCGGCUUUCAUGCUGAUACGGCUGGGCGGGAAACCCAAAGGGGGCGGGUUCUUUGGCAACCUGUUGCAACGAGCGAAGCCGAAUGAGAAGUUCAAGACACGGGCCCAGAUUGUCAGCAAAGUCGCUGCUGCCACCAGCUGGCUCACCAGGAAAUUCCUGGCCAAGCGUGGCAGGUACAUGUAUGACGAAAGAGUUGCUAACGAGGCCUGGCUUUCGAGGAUCGGGGCCAAGAAGCUCCCUUUCCCCUCGGAGGCUGAGGUCUUGAGGCACCGGGCGAAUAUGCGGAGGCUGCCCGGAGCCAGUGCGCUCUACGGCCAAACCCAGGAAGAAUUUGGCCACUGGGACAACUUAGACGCCCCCUUGCCACAACCGUACUAUGAGAGCUACCGAGAGGAUGGCUACGCUGAACCACAGUCCUCUUCUCAAUAUGAAUAUGCUAACUAUGAUAAUGAGUGUUACGAUGGGUACCCAGAUGAGGAAUACGGGCCGUAUGAAGAACCAGUAGAGUACUAUAACCAUCAGCCACAAGACCAGCAUGGUUACCUCACUGAGGAUGACCAAGAAUAUGAGCCUGCCACCAGUUAUUCACCCUAUGAACCUUACGAUAACUAUGCCGAUUAUCAAGAGACAGUAGGGUUGAAUGACCAGUAUGCCUCCGCUGGAGACCACUAUUACUCAGGGGUGGAAGAAUCAGAAUACCCUGAUGACUACCCUCUUAAUGAAGCAGGCUACAGCGAGAACGAAUGGCCUCCUCCGACGCAAUCUUCGUACAACCCUUACGCCUACCCAUUGGACGAUAUUGUGGAGAUGGAGGAGGCAGAGGAGGAGCGAAGAGGUUACCCCUUGGGUGUAUCUAACUCUUCCUUUUUCGAGCAGCAAGGGAUGGGAGAGAAUUUGCUUCCUAAGCUUUCUUUGAGCCGGAAAUUCCGGCUUUUCCCACGGCCUCAGGUGAAGCUCUUCGGUAUCGACAAAAUGGAUGUCCCCCUCCCUCCCUCACCGCAGUUUUCCGUUGGCAGUUUGGAUCAAGACGAGGAGAACUAUGACGAAUCUGAACCCUUGACAUCUCCUUUUGCCCAGUUUGACGAUCGGAAUGUGGUACCUUCCAGGUCGCCAAAGCUCUCAAAACUGUUGCAGGGAUGUUUUGGUGGUGGCCUACCAAGUCCUGUCCCCCCCAGACCACCCACUGUGAGGAAUUCGGGCCUAAAUGAACAAAAAUGCACCUGUAAGGCAAGCUUGCCUCCGAAACUCUCUGCAAGAGAAUGUGGAAGUCCUUUGGGGCAGUUCCUACAGAAAUCCCUCACGCAACCAAAACCCAUACUAAAGCACCGGGAGACCAGGGAGCAGAACAGACCCCCGAUGUCAUCUCCAAUGAAGAAACUUCUUUCAAUGUUUGGUGGCGGCAAAUCCGUGGGGCAGUCUCUUCAGGUGGGAACAAGGCAAUUCGAAAUGCCUGAUUCAACUUCAUCUCCUAAACCUGCGAGUCGGUUUGCGGGUCCACAGAGGCACGGCAGCCCUCGCCCUUCUUUUCACCCUGCCACAAGGCUGCGCAACGCGCUUCAGGAAGAACUGCACAGCACGCUUCCCUUCGCGGGGUCAUCUUCCUACAAGAAGCUGCACCCAGGAGCAGGUUCGCCCCCAAGGUCGUUCAGUCAGGAAGCCAUUAACAACAACAAUUCCCAAAGGCCUGGUGGUUCACCUCAGUUUUCUCAAAGAAAUAUCUCGUCCUUUUCUUCCAAACAAAAUACAAGGUCGUUUGGGCCAAACAGGCCGCGGGUGGAUUUCCACAUGCCUGAGACAAGUAGUUCCUUCAAGCAAUGUUCCGGUGGUCGUAUGUCUUCACAGGGGCCAACUUCGUGGUCUGGAAGCCCUUCCAUGAGACGAGUGGGCUCAUCACCAGUCACAGAUAAGACCUCCUUUCCUGCCCCGACACGGGGACAAAGGCCAUCCACCCUAUUAGAGGAGUCCUCAUCUUCCCCUCAUCUGACAGCACGUAAUCCUUUUAUACGUCGACGCAACCCAUCAUCCACUAGUUUAGGGCCCGCUGGCAGCCUAAGGAAUGAGGGCCCUUUGAGGCAAUCAUCUUCUCAGAUCUCCCUCAGCUCCAACACUUCUAAAUUUCGGGAUUCUCUUCGCAGCGUGAGCUCUGGUAGAUAUCCCCCAACAGGGGUCCACGGUCCAGCUGCUGGGGGGUUUCAAGGUCCUCCAUCACCCCAACCACCCCUCAGGCAUUUUGGAUCUCCUCCUACCCCAAAUUUCCCAGGGCCAUCAGGAAGAAUGAACCCUUCACCCAUUGAUGUUCAAGGGAGGCUUCCCCAAGCUUGGAACAGACUGCCUGAGCCCCCAACCAAAGCCGUGAAACCUUUAAUGAAGAAUCAGUUCAUGAGGCAAUAUGGCCACCCAUCUCCCACUCUGUCUACUAGGAGCGCGAGGACCUCCUCUCCACAGAUGCAGACUCGGCAAGGAAGCCGUAGGGUUACCAUCGUAGAAUCCCCGGUUGACACACCCGCUCAUCCCCAGUCGCUUGCUGACGUCAGUGGGCAGGUGGCGGAGCGGUGGUUGCCACAGCAGAGGUGGGAUCGCACUUCUGGGGAUGGAAUGUCAGCCCCCCAGAAUCGUUCCCCCAAGAUGGGCAGUAGUGGAAGUCUGAGGAGCUUGUCAAAUCUGCCUCCGCCCCCGAGUCCUGCUUCCAGCUCUACAAAGGACUUCAUCAAGCGCAUUGGUCAGCCUUUAGCUGGGAUGGCUGAGAUUGCUUCUUCCAUCAGAUGUUCUACCACAGAAAGUGGCGUGGCGGGGAAAGGGAGCACAUAUUUGGCAAAGUUUGGCCAAGAUCCAGGGUUACCACCAGCUUGCUCCGUGCACCCCCAUUCUCACCACCCUCCUUCUCCUGGUCCAUCACUGAAGCAAGUGGCAGAGGCCAACCGUUCUCGGCCACCCAGUCUGAAACAGAAAGUCUUGGGUGGCAAUUUGAGCUACCCUGUUGCCGGCAGCAACCCGGGCACCCUGCGGGGGAGGCCGAAUCUCAGUCCCGGGACUCAAAGAUCAGCUCCAUUUCAAGCUAUGGGAAGAGGAAGCCAGGCUUUUCAAGACCAGUACAACAUGCCAAGAAGACCAGGGCCUGCUCAUUCACCCAUCGAGCUGCUUAGAAACGAAGCGGACGACGGUACGGGGAGAUAUGCGGUGGUAACACCACAGAUGCAGCGGAUAGGCUCCGUAGGAAGGAACGCUCAUAUGCAGAAACAGGCUUGGUCCGACUAUCAUACCGUACAUGUCCACGAGAUGCCAAACAGGUGGGCCUCGGAGAAACUGUACCGCCAGCCUCCCGUGGAGGAAUUUAGCCGGCAGGCCCCUAAACUUGGAAGCGGUGUGGCGUGGUACCUGACCCGCGGGACAAAGAUGCUCGACAAUGGGCCAAACGCAGGUUGGCAACGUAAGAUGCAGACUGUCCACAACUUGCAAGCUGGGAGCUUUGCGGUACCGCAGGGCGACAAAGGUGUGGAGGACAUGACUCAGUUGGAGGAACUCCAUCAGGGCGUGGUCCUCCAAAACAUCAGAAAGAGGUUCGAGCGGGGGCUGAUCUAUACCUAUAUAGGUAGCAUCUUAGUGUCGGUGAAUCCCUAUAAAAUGUACAACAUCUACGGGACAGACAACGUGCUGUUGUAUGAGGGGAAGGCCCUGGGAGAGAAUCCGCCCCACCUUUUUGCGAUUGUCAACAUUGCCGUCAGCAAGCUGAGAGAUGCCAAACUUAACCAAUGUAUUAUUAUCAGUGGCGAAAGCGGAUCGGGCAAGACAGAAGCCACCAAACUGAUUCUCCGUUACCUGGCCGCGAUAAACCGGAAGCACACCGCUACCCAGCAGGUACAGGAUCCACGGGCGCGGAUCCUGGAAGCUACUCCUCUGCUGGAAUCCUUCGGGAAUGCCAAGACUGUGCGAAACGACAAUUCCAGCCGGUUUGGGAAAUUUGUGGAAAUCUUUCUGGAAGGCAGGCUCAUCAGUGGUGCCAUAACUUCGCAGUACCUUCUGGAGAAGUCCAGGGUCGUCUUUCAGGCCAAUAAUGAACGGAAUUACCAUAUCUUUUACGAGAUGCUGGCUGGCCUUCCCGGUCAUCAGAAGCGCAAAUUCUUCCUCCAAGAGGCCGAAACCUAUUUUUACCUGAACCAGGGAGGGAACUGUGAGAUUCCCGGCAAGGCGGACGCGGAGGAUUUCCACCGGCUGUUGACCGCCAUGGAAGUCCUGCACUUCAGCCUCGACGACCAAAACAGCAUCUUCCGAAUACUGGCUUCCAUCCUCCACCUGGGGAACGUCUAUUUUGAAAAAUAUGAGAUCGAUUACCAGGAGGUGGCUUCCGUCGUGAGCGCCCGGGAGAUCCGGGUCGUGGCCGAGCUGUUGCAGAUCUCUCCGGAAUGCCUGCAGAAGGCGGUGACCUUCAAAGUGACGGAAACCUUGAGGGAGAAGAUCCUCACUCCACUCACAGUUGACAGCGCCACGGAUGCCAGAGACGCCAUCGCCAAGAUUCUCUACUCCCUGCUGUUCAACUGGAUCACGGAGAGGAUCAACCGGCGCAUCUAUCCCAAGCAAAAAGCCCUGUCCAUCGCCAUCUUGGACAUUUAUGGCUUCGAGGAUCUGGGCUUCAACAGUUUUGAGCAACUGUGCAUCAAUUUCGCCAAUGAAUACAUCCAGUUCUUCUUCAACAAGAUCGUUUUCAAAGAAGAACAGGAGGAAUAUAUCCGGGAGCAGAUUGAAUGGAGAGAAAUUUCGUUCAACGACAACCAGCCUUGUAUCGACCUCAUUGCCCAGAGGCCCUAUGGGAUUUUGAAGAUUUUGGAUGACCAGAGCAGUUUUCCCCAGGCGACGGACCACACGUUUCUCCAGAAGUGUCACUAUCACCACGGUUCCAACGAGCUGUACUCCAAGCCAAAGAUGCCGCUGCCGGAGUUCACCAUCAAGCAUUAUGCAGGCAAAGUCACCUACCAGGUGCAUAAAUUCUUGGAUAAAAACUACGACCAAGUUCGUCAGGACGUCUUGGAGCUUUUCGUCAACAGUAAGAUCAAACUGGUAGCUAAUCUGUUCUUCAGCCAUGCGCAGCUGGUGGCCCAGCAAACCACCAUGAUGGGAAGGAGCAGCGCCAGCAAACGGAAGUACAAACCCCCAACCAUUGCCUCAAAAUUCCAGCAGUCCCUCUUGGAACUUGUGGAGAAAAUGGAAAGAUGCAACCCUUUCUUUGUCCGAUGCAUCAAACCGAACAAUAAGAAGAAGCCGGGCCUCUUUGAGGAAGAUGUCGUCGGUGCCCAGCUGAAGUACUCAGGGAUUCUGGAGACCAUCCGUAUCCGCAAAGAAGGUUUCCCCGUCCGCAUCCCCUUCAGGAUCUUCAUAGACAGGUACCGCUGCCUCGUCGAUCUCCGUCCUGAAUCCAUGCCCGACGGGAUGUACUGUGUCAAAGUGCUGACCAAACUGUGCCCAGUCACCCGUGAUAUGUACUGCAUCGGAGCAAGCAAGCUCUUUAUGAAGGAGAGCGUCUACCAGCAGCUGGAGAGCGGGUACGAACGUUUGGUGCAGAUGGCGGUGCUGACCCUCCAGCGGUACACGCGGGGCUUCCUGAUCAAGAAGCGCUUCUACGCCCUCCGCCACAAGAUCAUUCUCAUCCAGGCCCGGUCCCGCGGGUUUCUAGCCAGGCAAAAAUACUCGCGGCUGAGGGGGACCAUCAUCAGGUUCCGGUGCCUCGUGCGGAUCUACGUGAAUCGCAAGAGAUACCUCAAGGUGAGUCCUGGGCUCUGUGGUGUCGAGUGGAUGUGGAAAGUUACAUUCGCUACAAUGUGGAAGACAGAAGAAAUGUCCCCACGAGAGGUGAUGAAAGUUUCGACCUUGGAAGUCCCUGCUGAACUGGUUGGCCUCCUCAACACCGUGGCGGGUACACAGGUGAACGAGGACUGCAUCGUUCCCGUGGCCCCGCCCAAGAUGCAGGCCGAUUCGCAACUCCCCCUCCCCCUCGACAUCAACAAUUACCCCAUGUCCAAGUACGUGCGGGGACAUUUCAAGGAACCGGUGUUUGGGAUGCUCACCAAAACUCUGGCGACUCCUUUGACCCACCUGGACGACUGGCUGAGCGCGGAAGCAGUUAACCUCUUCAAACUGGUUCUCCGCUUCAUGGGUGACCCCCACCUCAACGGCACGCAGGAGAGCCUCUUCGGGAACUACAUUGUGCAGAAAGGGCUCUCGACCACCGGCCUGCGGGAUGAGAUCCUGGCCCAGAUCGCCAACCAAGUCUGGCACAACCCCAACGCCCUCAACAAAGAGCGGGGAUGGCUCCUUCUGGCCGUCUGCCUCAGCGCCUUCGCGCCCUCCCCCAGCCUGGAGAAGCACUUGCUGAAGUUCGUUUCCGACUACGCCUUUGACGGCUACAAGCCCGUCUGCCAACACAAGCUCAUGCGAGCCAUGGAGAAGACCAAGCACGGCACCGAAGCGGCCCGCUCGUAUCCGCCCACCCUCCUGGAGUGGACGGCCUGCCGCAGUAAAGUCAACAUGGCCCUGGACGUUUACUGUUUCAAUGGAGAUCAUUUUCUGUGCCCCAUCAAUUCCUGGACCACGGGAGAAGCCCUGGCUGCAGGCGUGCUGCAACACAGGGGGCUGCUGGACGGCUGGCGAGGCUGGUCCGUCACCAUGAAGGACGGGACCCAGUGGGCCGAGCUGGCCGGCCACGACUACGUCCUGGACCUGAUCUCCGACCUGGAGCUGAUCCGGGGCUUCCCAAAGCAGAAGUCGUAUUUCAUCGUUGCUUCGGAAGGUCCAGAGAAUACCAUCGGAGGCAAAGCAGUAUUCAGACAUGGUUUGGACUCGGAUGGGGAGGUCCCUCCGCCCCCACCCACCAAGGCCCCGACUGUGGCCCCCACCAACCUGCCCGACUCCGAGGGAUACUGCAGCCAUGAUUCGGACACCUUCAGCGAGUCCCGGAGCCAGAAGGGAUUGGAUCGCUACCUGGACAGCCUCUUUGACCCGGUCCUCUCUUAUGGGAAUGGGGACUUAGAGAAGCCGGCAGCCAUUUCCUACCGGAUGAAAGGGGGAGGUGGCGUUGGAGGAGGCCGCCGCGACGAGGGACAGAGCCGUGGGGCUGGCGGGCCUCCGGAGGUGACCCGGGUGUUUGGGAAAAACGAAGGCAAGAUAUCGACGCAGAAAGCUUACCUCUGCCAGCAAGACUCACUUCUGGCCCGCCACAUGUCGCAACAGGUGGCUGCUCUCCGGCGGCAGCAGCAAGAAUCCGGGGCCGCCCCUGGGCCCCCUCCGGGGUCCAGUCUCAGAUCUUCCUCCCAUCGAAGUCCAACAAGAACCCAAAAAAUAAGCGACUCUGGCCCCAAGCUCAUCGUAGCCCAAGCCCUCCAGAGGGAAGCUGAAAAAAGGACGGCGGAAGGAAACGCGGCACCCCCGAGCCAGCCGCGGGACUGGCCCGCCUUUCAGAAAACUGCACCCGGCACCGAUCCUGCUUCCAGGAUGCGCGCCGGCGAGCUGGUGCGGCACUCCAAGCUGAAUUCGGAGCACAUCCCCGAGCCGACGCAGAACAUACGCAACAUUAUCAAGCAGUACCAGCAGCCUGCCCGGGUCCCGGAGCCCAUCAGGAGGGAAGGGGGGAAAGUCUUUGUGAAGAAAAUGGACCCUCAUGAAGAAGCUCUGAUGAUCUUGAAGAAACAGAUGUCGGGAACUCCAGAGGCUCCCCAGCCAGCUCCGGAGGCGAUAGCCCUGGUGAAACCUGUGACCAGUGCCAACAUUAAGAUGAUUGUGCCACCGGCCAUUCGCCCAACGCCUGCCACCCCCAUGCGGCAAUUAGGACCCGAGGACGAACAAGUCCAGACGCAGCUUCACCGCCGGUACAGUGAUGAGUUCUAUGCAUACCGCAAUGUCUCCUGGAAAAUCUACCUCCGGAAAGAGGUGUUCUACCCCAAGGACACCAUCAACAAUCCGCUUCUGCUAGAUCUCAUUUUCCGGCAGAUCUUCAACGAUACCAUGUCUGAGGCCUGCAUCCGCAUUACCCAGGGGGAGAGGCUCCGCAUGAAAGCUCUCUUUGCGGAAAACAAGCUCGAUUCCUUCAGCCCGGUGGCCGACGAAAGCGUGAAGAAGGAGAUCGUCAACGUUGCGCGGGAUGGGUGGGAAGUGUAUUUUUCUCGCCUUUUCCCAGCUACGGGCAGCGUCGGCACUGGAGUGCAGAUCUUGGCGGUGUCCCACACGGGGAUUAAGCUUCUGAGGCUCGUGAAAGGCACCAACCUGCCCGGGGAACAGCUGCGGGUGCUGCGGGGCUACGGUUACAGCGACAUCCUCUUCGUGACCAUCCCCUCCAAGAACAUGUUGGAAUUCAACCUCACCAACGAGAAGCUCCUCCUCUUCUCCCCCAAAGCGCCCCAGGUGAAGGCCAUGGUGGACUACUUCAUCACUGAGCUCAAGAAGGAUUCGCAAUACGUGGUGGCUAUCAAGAACUACAUCACCAACGACAAGAGCCUCUUGAGUUUCCAUAAAGGAGACAUCAUCUGCCUCCGCCCCAUGGAAGGCUUGGGGAAAGACCGCUAUUAUGGCUGCGUGGUGCGCAAGAAAGUGAUGCUGCUUGAGGACGUGAAGAAGGGGACUCUGGAUUUUGGUUGGAAGUUUGGGGCCAUCUACGGGAAGUCCGGCUUCUUCCCGGCCGACUGUGUCCAGCCAGCGGCGGCGCCGGACUUCAUCCACCUGCCGCUGGAGAAGAAGGAAGAGCCACAGGACAAGCAAGGGAAAGUGGCCAUCCCGGCCUCGGUGGCCGUGGCUAUCGCGUCGGCAGCGGUGGCUCAGGAGCUCGAUAAGAAGACGGAGGCGAGUACAAUUGCCAGCGAAUACGCUGAGGACUUUGAGGGAGCCAAGGGUGAAAUCCCCCACGGCGGCCCCUACGCCAUGCUGGAGUUUGCCAAGAAGUAUUUCCGAGAAGGGCAGAGGGCAAAGAUGGACCCCAACAAGCUAAAAUCCAAGAAAGGCAUUGAAUCGAAGGGUGUGGAAGAUGUUCUGAAAUUCACCAAGUCCCCCAUCCAGGAGUCGCUCAUUGAAUUCACAGACAGCAGCCUGAAUAAAACUGCGGCAGAGGCUUUCCAAGCUGUGAUGAAAUUCAUGGGCGACCUUCCGCUCAAGGGCCAAACAGACCUAGAAGUGGUUUGCUCUCUUCUGAAGCUUUGUGGAGAAUACGAGGUGAUCCGAGAUGAGGUUUAUUGCCAGAUCAUGAAGCAGGUCACGGACAACUCCAGCUCCAAGGCGGACAGCUGCCAGAAAGGGUGGAGGUUGCUCUACAUCCUGAGCGCUUAUUACCGAUGUUCAGAGGUCCUCAAACCUUACCUUCUGUGGUUCCUCCAGGACGUCUGCAGCAAUCCCGCUUUGCAUUUUCAAGGCAUCGCCAAGGCCUGCGAACAGAACCUGCGGAAAACCUUCCAGUUUGGGGGCCGGUGUGGAUUCCCUGGUAACAUGGAGCUCAAAGCCAUGGUGGCUGGAAGGAGCUCGAAGCGCCAACUGGUCCUCUUGCCAGGGGGGAUUGAGAAGCACCUGAAGAUCAAGACAUGUUCGGUCGCCCUCGAUGUGAUAGAGGAGAUCUGCUGCGAAAUGGGACUCAAUCGGCCCGAAGCCGUCAACGAAUAUAUCAUUUUUGCAGUUACCAGCCGAAAUCAGAACGUCCGGCCUUUGAACAAGAAGGAAUACAUCCUUGACGUGGUCAUGGAAAUGGAACAAGUGGAGAGCAGCUACAUGUUCUGGUAUCGGCGGGUCAUCUGGAGCCAGCCGCUGAAAUUUGACAAUGAGUUGUAUGUAACCAUGCACUACAACCAGGUGCUCCCGGACUACCUCAAGGGGCUCUUCAAUACUCUCCCGUCCGUGAAGCUGACGGAGCAACAAUUCCAGCAGGUCUCCAAACUGGCUGCUCUUCAGCACCGGGCCAAAGACCGCAUCUACCCGCCCACCCUACGAGAGGUCCAGGAUUACAUCCCGCCCCAGCUCUAUCACCUCCUGGCGGCCCAGGCGUGGCUGGACAUGGUCUCGCAACACACGCAACAGACGCUGGCGCUGAGUGCCCACCAGGCUCGGGCGCAGUUCCUCGGGCUCCUGAGUGCCUUCCCCAUGUUUGGCUCCUCCUUCUUCUACAUCCAGAGCUGCAGCAAUGACUCCAUCGUCUCCCCCUGCAUCUUGGCCGUGAACCAGAAUGGACUCAACUUCCUGAACAAAGAAACCCACGAACCAGUCGCGAUCUUCUCGUUGAAGGAGAUCCAGUCGACACGCACCCAGCGACCCUCGGCUGGAUCCAGCUACCCCUACGUAGAGAUCAUGCUGGGAGACUUGAUGUCACAAAAAGUCACCCAGCUGCAACUGGAGCAGGGCUUGGAGCUUUGUCGAGUGAUCGCGACGCACAUGGAGAAUUUGCUGCACGCCCGGGAGAAGAGGCUCACGCUCCCGCCGAGCGAGAUCACACUGUUGUGA